UCACGGAUCCAGCCGAAACAUAAAUAACGUGUCCGUCUAGAGGUAUGUGUCGGUUCAGAGAGCUCAAUGCGGGUGCUCUGGCCGCAGUCUACCCGCAACCGCGAUACUUUACGCGCCUUGCAAAUUUACCACCGCGUUGCCUUCAAUUUAAUAUGCUGUCUAAAACCCCGCGAUGUCGAAUGUAAUUCAGGAAAUGCUCGACUUACUCUCGUGGUAUUAUUCUAUCACCGGUUCCGUCAAACAUUCUGUGAACCAAGCGGCAGUCUCACGCUACCUUUACGUAAUUAUAAUGACGACCUGCAUUGUAUAUUCCCAUUCCAACCCAAUUACUACAAAACCAAGAACUCCAUGGUGGUGUCAACCCUGCCAAAAUCAGCACAAAACUCGCCACAGCAGAGCCAUAAAUGAAAUACUCAAAGACCAGUUCAAUGUUGCAAUUAUAAACUACCAGAACUACGUAUCGCCCUACGUUAAACAAAUUCAUAAAAAGAUCGGAUUCAUAAAAGAACAAUUUAGUAAACACAAGUGGCUUCCACGAAAAAAGUUCUACCAAUCACUAAGAAGGGAUAACGUAAAGAUUCUUCCCGAACUGUUAUAUCAGUUACAAACUUUCGCGGUGACCAUCGAGAGGCUGUCAAGCAUGGACAUACAAACCCAGGAUUCCACGUUUGACGCCGCUCAACGGGCGUCCGCUAUGCAACUUGUGAAAAGAGACCUAGAUGCGCUUCGUUGCGAUACCGAAGACGAAAUCACAGCAAAACGUCAAACAAUCGUGAAAACCGUGGACCCACAUUUAGCGGAUGGAACCAUACCCGAAGUUGUGCACCAUUUAACCGAGGGUUUAAUACAAGAUUACAGCAUUCUCGAAAACUACUUAAAAUUCUUAAAAAAAAGUCGAGCCAGAAUUUUUGGCGGGCAAAAGAAGAAGGCGAAUCGCAGGAAGAACAACAGCAUAAAACCUCGUAAGAAGACAACUAAAGACAGUGCCAGUUGAUAAGACAGUGGUGAUAAAUCGUGUUAGUUUAAUUAAGUCAAAUGAUCUCCUACAACAGUAUUUGUAAAACAAAGUGAUCGGCCUUAUUGCACGGUUAUGUGGAGUAACUGUUAACCGGAGAAAAAUUUGUUCCUCGUACACAGCACCAGAAAAACGCUUUGGUGAUGUGUCUGCCUUUACCUGUGAUAUUUACGUAAACUAAGUAUUUAUUUAAUUUAUUUAUUAUUUAAGUAAUUUAUUCACUUAUUUACCCUGCCUUAAGGCAAGCUUUAACCGACUGUAGACAUUAAGUAAGUACUGUAAAGCUUGAGUACAGUCAUUUUUGUAUUCCUUAAUGUCGUGAUGUGAUAAUUUUCUAAGGAUUCGAUCCUUGUAAAUCAAUUGAUAGUAUUAGCUCAAGCUUAAAAUGUUCUU